GGCUAAUUGCUUUAACCUCAUCGAAAAGGAUCAAAAGCACUCACCAUGAAAUUAAUGCGAACAGCAUUUCUGCUCGCUACACUCCUUCUGGUAGCCCAAACACAUGCCGAAGAAGAAAAGCAACUAGCCGGAGCUGAGGAUAAAAAGGUUGAGGCCAAAGCUGAUGAGGGUAAAAAAUCCUCAGAUGCCGAUGGUGGCGAAACAGUCAAAACCAAACGUGGCCUCCAUCAUUUUGAAGAUUAUCAUCAUCAUCAUCACUAUCCAAUUCAUGAGCAAAAAACUUUGACCAUUGUCAAGAAGAUACCCUAUCCAGUGCCUGUGGAGAAACAUGUCCAUGUGCCCGUAGAGAAACAUGUUCCCGUGCCCGUAGAGGUGAAAGUGCCCAAACCCUAUCCCGUGGUUAAGCAUGUGCCCUAUGAGGUUAAGGAAAUUGUCAAAGUGCCCCAUGAAAUACCAGCUCCAUAUCCUGUAGAAAAGAAAAUCCCUGUACCAGUACAUGUUCCAUAUGAUCGUCCAGUCCCAGUUAAGGUAUACGUUCCAGCACCAUAUCCUGUAGAGAAAAAAGUACAUGUGCCCGUCAAGGUGCAUGUGCCUGCACCAUAUCCCGUAGAGAAGAAGGUGCCUUAUCCCGUUAAGGUGGAGGUACAUGUCGAUAAGCCAUAUCCAGUAGAAAAGAUUGUACACUACCCCGUAAAGGUGCCCGUAGAGAAGCCUGUACCCUAUCAUGUGGACAAACCAGUACCUUAUCAUGUUGAAAAACCAGUACCUGUACCCGUUAUCAAGAAAGUACCCGUCCCUGUACAUGUGCCCUAUGACAGACCAGUGCCAGUGCAUGUAGAGAAACCAGUGCCCUAUGAGGUUAAGGUUCAUGUGCCCGCCCCCUACCCCGUUGUCAAGGAAAUCCCAGUUAAAGUAGAGAAAAAUGUGCCCUACCCUGUGCAUGUGCCCUAUGAGAAACCAGUGCCAGUACACUUGGAAAAACAUGUGCCCGAAUACCAUGAGAAACACAUCUCCUACAAAGAACCCGAAUUCAUUCACAAGAAAAUCGAGGAGCAUCACCAUCAGCCCAUACAUCACAUCGAAAGCGGCCAUCAUCACGAAGUGGCCAUACAUGAGGAACACGAGGUGGAUUUUGGUCAUAGUUAUGGUGGUGGCUAUGGCCAUGGUGGUUAUGGUCAUGGUGGCUAUGGCCAUCACUUCUAGACCGACCUACCUUACUACCUAAGCUAAGCACCCUAUGAUUCUAAUGAGAGUUUUCUUUUUUCUUCUCUUUUUUCGUUUUGUUUUCCACAGCAUCACUAAGAAGAACCAUCUGAGCCGAUCUCCCCAUCCCCACUGUAAAUAGCUUAAAAAAAAUAAUCAAAAGGAGUGAGAGAGACAGCUUCAGAGUGAUUCCAGUGAUUUGGUUAACUUAUGAGAGUAAAGUGAACUGAGAGAGAGAGAGAGAGAAAGAGAGACCUAGUACUGAACCCAAAAUAACGGACUUUUGUUGCCUGGCUUUAAUGAAUACGAUUUCAAUGUAACGGAUUUGACGAACACUAACGGUGAAAAAAAAACCAACAAACGUGAUAUUGGCCUCAAAUAACGGACUUAGAUUUUAUUAAAAACCCCCCACAGCAAACAGAGUAGUGAGAGAGAGAGAGAGAAACAGAGCAUAUGGUCUAUUGGCAUAACUCUAAGGGAAGUUUUAAUCUCAAAGAGUCUCUUAGAUAAAAGGAAUGCAGUGAGAGAGAAAGAUGAAAAGAAGGACAAAGACUGACAAGUUUCAAUCUUUCAAAGCUUUCUUUUAGAGAAGAGAGAGAGAGAGUAAAAGAGCAAAGUACAGUUGGCAAAAGAGACUUGGCAUAUGAUCUAUUGGCAUAACUCUAAGGGAAUUUUUUUCAACCAGAGUAAUGAAGAGAGAUCAAAGCUUCCUUAAUCCAAAUUCUACUUCUACUUCUCUUAAUGUCUAAGCACCUAAACCGCAACCUAGAGUUUAAGUAUGAACCAACACACAGAGAUUUUUUUGUAUACAAUUUUUAUUAUAUUUUUUAUGUUUAGUAGUGCAUAAGCCAUCUUUUUUUGUUUUUGUUGUGAAUAACAAAGUGAUUUUUAAGAAAAAUAUUUUUAAGGCAAUGUCAACAUGAGUAGAUUUUUAAGGAUAAUAGUAAUAGCAUUUGGCUCUCUUUUUGCAAGAGCUUUGGAUGCAGCAUAAACAGUCUCAGUAGAAUCUAUCAAUUUCUCAAAUUUCCCCUCUAAGUGCCGUCCAGCCAGCCUGGCGUAGCAAUUUUAGGAAUUUUAUAAACAAAAAAAGAAAACCAUAGUUAAGAUGUUUUUGUUAAAUAUUGAGAUUAAGGCGUUGCAGC